AUGCCACAAUCUAAUGGAACGGUACUUGCUGAGACUAUUGCAGCAACAGCUGCAGCCACUCUUGUUAUUGCUGGAAUCUUGUUCUUCCUAUACCGAUUUCUUGCUGCUCACCGCCUCCUAAAAGGCAAGACCAAUGGAAGUUUUCGAAGAGAAGAAGUUGUGAUGAAUCGAGAAGAAUUUAGGCAAUGUGGUGCGAAUGUGAAAGGGUUGAUUGUUGAGGAGAAUGGGGUUGAUGUUAUAUACUUUAGAAAAUUAGAAGCCGGACAGCUUCAAACAAAUCUUCCAAGAGUAAUGUUUAAUCCCAGUUAUGAAGAUGAAGAAGAAAAAAGGGUGGAUACUAAAGGAGAGAGGCCUGAAUUGUCUAAGCCAUCUGAUUUGACCAAUCCUGAUAAAUUGGCAAAACCAUAUUCUCUACAACCUCCCAGACCUCUACUUAGAACAACUUCAACAUUAAUAUUGGAGAAGCAAGCUCCACAAUCACUGCCUCCUCCACCACCCCAACCAGCAAUAGAUAAAUCUCCACCAUCACCACCCCCACCACCACCUCCUCCCCCUUCACUAUGGAUGCCACCACCGCCUAUUCUGGCAAAAAGGAAUCCUUUACCACCUGCUCCACCUCCUAAGGUAGGUGGUUUGGGUUUAUCACUAAAACCCCCACCUGCACCUAAAGGCAAAGCAAGCAAUAAGUGCAGGGCAGAGGCUUCCACAGGGGAGAGCUCAAAAACAACUGGCGUUGGGCAAACAAAGCUGAAGCCUUUGCACUGGGACAAGGUCAUGGCUGCUGUUGAUCAUUCAAUGGUCUGGGAUCAAAUCAAUGAUGGAUCAUUCAGAUUUGAUGAUGAGCUUAUGGAAAAUUUGUUUGGAUAUACCACCAUUAAAAACCAAUCCUCUGAAAGAAAUAACCACUUGACAGCUUCAAACAAGUCUAACUCUGCCCCAACAUCUCAAGUUUUCAUCCUAGAGCCCCGAAAGUCCCAGAACACCGCAAUCGUGCUAAGAUCUCUUGCAAUCUCUCACAAAGAAAUCGUAAAUGCCCUCCUUGAUGGGCAAGGACUUGGUGCUGAUACACUAGAAAAACUUACAAAAAUUUCCCCAACCGAAGAAGAAGAAGCUAAGAUCCUCCAAUUUAAUGGCAACCCAAGUAAACUUGCAGUUGCUGAAGCUUUCCUCUUCCACAUUCUGAAAGCUGUUCCUUCAGCAUUCACUCGUUUCGAUGCAAUGCUUUUCAGAGCAAACUAUGACCCUGAAGUCCUUCACCUCAAGAAGUCCUUGCAAACACUUGAAAUGGGGUGCAAGGAGCUAAGAGCUCGCGGGCUCUUCCUAAAACUUCUUGAAGCGAUUCUCAAAGCUGGCAAUAGAAUGAAUGCUGGAACUGUCAGAGGCAAUGCACAAGGGUUCAACCUCAGUGCUCUUCUGAAGCUAUCUGAUGUCAAAAGCACUGAUGGAAAGACUACACUACUCCACUUUGUGGUUGAACAAGUAGCACAGUCAGAGGGUAGAAGCUGUGUGAUCAAUCAGAACUGCAGCAUUGGUCGAAACACUAGCCAAAUUAUUUCACCGAAUUCGGAUAACAUAACCGCUGAAGAGAGAAGAAAAGAGUUCCUAAUAAAAGGGUUGUCAUUGUUAGAAGGGUUGAGUAUUGAAUUAUCUAAUGUAAAGAAAGCAGCUACCAUAGAAUAUGAGAGCUUCAUCCGUAUGAGCUCUACUCUAAGUAACCGCAUAGCUGAAAUUAAGAAACUUUUGACACAGAGUGGCAAUGCUGAGAGAGGUGGAUUUGCAAGAGAAAUGAAAGGGUUCUUAGAAGAAUGUGAGGAGGAGCUUAAGGUGGUGAGAGAAGAGCAAACAAGGGUCAUGGAGCUUGUGAAGAGAACAACAGAAUAUUACCAAGCAGGAGCUUUGAAAGACAAAGGAGCACCACCACUUCAACUGUUUGUUAUUGUGAAGGAUUUUCUAGACAUGGUUGCUCUUGUUGGUACAGAAAUUUCAAGAAAGCUACAGACGAAGAAGAGUUCUACAAUGACUGUAGGAUCUUCCUCACCUCCUCUAUCACCUUCAACCAUAACAUCAAACAAGUUACAAAACUUCCACUCACAUUUCAUUUCAGAUAUGUCAUCAAUAUCUUCCAGUGAAUCAGAAGAUGGUUUCUGA